GAGAGUGUCGUCUGCUAGAGUUCGCAGUUACAUAAACACGUGGCUGUCUUUCUCAGUUUGCAUUGUUUAUAGAAAUGGCUCUUCGGAAAUUACUGCACGAAUUCCAACGCUCUGGACUCCAUAGGAUUUCUGCAAUUCGGAAUGUGUCUCACACGUCGAAAUCCGCAACAUUUGAUUGGAAGGAUGCUUUAAAUUUUGAGAGCCAGUUGACCGAGGAAGAGAAGCUCAUCCGAGAUUCUUGUCGUUCGUACUGCCAAGACAAGUUGAUGCCAAGAAUCCUGAUGGCAAACAGGAAUGAAGUUUUCCACAAAGAAAUUGUGACUGAGAUGGGUGAACUUGGCCUUCUGGGGCCAACAAUUUCGGGCUAUGGGUGCCCAGGCGUCUCUUCGGUCGCAUACGGCCUGAUCGCCAGGGAGAUCGAGCGAGUGGACUCCAGCUAUCGUUCAGCCAUGAGCGUCCAGUCCUCCCUCGUCAUGUAUCCCAUCUGGGACUACGGCACCGAGACUCAGAGACAGAAAUAUCUGCCUCGACUUGCCAGAGGGGAGCUGAUUGGGUGCUUUGGGCUUACGGAGCCGAAUCACGGGAGUGAUCCGGGUGGCAUGGAGACUCGAGCGAAGUAUCAUCCACGUAGCAAGGUUUACACCCUGACAGGGAGCAAGACAUGGAUCACCAAUUCACCAAUAGCCGACAUAGGCAUCGUUUGGGCUAAGUGUGAAGACAAGAAGAUCCGUGGCUUCAUCAUUGAGAAAGGGAUGAAAGGUCUCUUAUUUCCCAAAAUAGAGGGAAAGUUUUCUCUCAGAGCAUCUGAAACGGGCAUGAUCGUGAUGGAUGAGGUGGAAGUGCCUGAAGAAAAUUUACUUCCAAAUGCUGAGGGACUAAGAGGUCCCUUUGGAUGUUUGAAUAAUGCCCGCUAUGGGAUUGCAUGGGGGACGUUGGGUGCAGCAGAAUAG